AUGCCCUCUAAGCGUACUUCCGAAACGGCCGCCGAGAAGGCUCCCAACAAGGUCUCCAAGAAGGCUUCUGAGGAGGAUUCCGAGGAGGGCCAGAAGAAGAAGAUGGAGAAGUGGACACCCGAUGCCGACCUUGACUUCCUUCUCUCGAUCAUCGUGUCUCAGUACCGGAAGAAUGGGAUCAAGAUUUCGAAUUACGCACAGAUCCACGAGACCAUGAAGACCUUGGGUCACAGUUUCACCAUUUCGGCCUUGCAGUUGCGCUGGUCUCACACAAUCCACUCCGAUAUCAAAAAGCGCCUGGCCAUAGCCCUUGCGCUCAAGCAGUCUGGAGAGGAUGAGGUCACUAACGACUCUGACCACGACGAGGAGAAGUCUAAGAAGCCUGCCAAGGCUACUGUUGCCCACGGCGAGAAGACGGCUAAGAAGGCUGGCAAUGCUUCUUCUACUGACCACGUCGAGAAGGCCGAGAAGGCCGAGAAGACCGGCAAAGCCUCUGCUGACCAUGGUGAGAAGAAGCCGAAGAAGUCUCGCAAGGCUACCACAGACGUCGACGAGGAGAGAGAGCCUAAGAAGCGUCGCGCAGGUGCCGCUACCAUCAAGGCUAAGGCCAAGACUACCGCCGAUGCUGGCGAUGUUGACGUCUCCGCUAAGCCGAAGAAGUAA